UGGUACCUAAGUCGUGCAUCACAUUCAACGCGAAUCAAGAUUGUAUCAUACAACAGAUCAUCAAGUACAGCUUCACAAAAAAGUUACAUACACCCCAUCCUUCCUCCCGUUCUCUGUAGAUGAUCAUACAAGAAAAAGAUAAAUAGAAUAACUCAUUAUCAUUGUCGCGUCCCAUAUCUCAAAUGCGCUGCCCCCGAGUCCUCGCUCGAGAUUGACGGUAUUCGUAACGCGUGAAUGCAUGCCUAGGCCCAUCUCGUUCAAGUCCACACAUCCAGAGCAAUACUCUGAAGGGGAAGAACAGUACACCCAUGGUCAGGGAGAUUAUUGCCCUCACAGGCGCGAGCGCAAAGAAUCUGAAGAUGUAGAACGGGCCAGAUGGAGUGGUUCUGGAUACCCAAAACAUGAACCUUAUAAAUUCAAUAGCGAGAAAGAACGGGAAGGCGAAUAUCGUUAGAGAGAUGCCAUGCUCGACUUGGGCCAUUUUUCUGGUAUUCCUCACUCUUCAAGAUGGCGAUGGUGUUGGUUCAAC